CACAGAUGAGACUAAAGAAACAUCACGCACCGGCGACAAUGACACGCGUCUCUCAACUCCUGAAAGUCGACAAGAACAUUCCUGGGUCAUGACCACUGACUGCUAGAAAAAGACUAGUGAACUUUACGACACCAAAAACCCAUCAGACAUCAACAGCGCUUAUUGGCUUCUCUCGAAUUCUCUGCCAUGGAGGACGCAAACAUCACUCACUUGGCAGCCGUCUUCGUGAACCCUCAUAGUCAGGUUCCCAUUCUGGACGUUCACGACACUUACACUGACUUCUACGACAUGGACUAUGGUGUUCCUUUAGAGGAGAUGCCGGACACCACGCAGGGACUGGCCUACUUCGUGGCCACCAUCGUCAUCGGAGCCGUGCUCGUCUGCAUCAUUCUGGUGUGCGGCUUCGGCAACUUCCUCUUCAUAGCUACUCUGGCCCGAUAUAAAAAACUCAGGAACCUCACCAACCUGCUGAUCGCCAACCUGGCCAUCUCUGACUUCAUAGUGGCUGUGGUCUGCUGCCCUUUCUUGGUGGAUUAUUACGUGGUCAAGCAACUCUCCUGGGAUCAUGGGAAAGUGUUGUGUGCCUCCGUCAACUACCUCAGGACUGUCUCUCUCUAUGUGUCUACUAAUGCCUUACUGGCCAUCGCCGUUGACAGGUAUAUGGCCAUCGUUCAUCCCUUGAGGCCCAGAAUGAAGCACCAGACCGCAUACUGUCUCAUAACUGGGGUGUGGAUCAUCUCAGUGCUCAUUUCCAUUCCCUCUGCUUACUUCGCGUCCGCAACCAAAGUCCCCAAUGGAGCAAACCGCAGCAAGACCUUCUGCGCCCAGAUCUGGACGGUGGACCAGCAGCUGUAUUAUCGCUCAUAUUACCUGUUUAUCUUCGCCGUGGAGUUUGUGGGCCCAGUGCUCACCAUGGCCCUGUGCUAUCUGCGCAUCUCCAGAGAGCUCUGGUUCAAGAGUGUGCCAGGUUUCCAAACGGAGCAGAUCCGCAAACGCCUGCGCUGCCGGAGGAAGACUGUCAUGGUGCUGAUAGGCAUUCUCACAGCAUACAUCCUCUGCUGGGCUCCAUACUACGGCUACACCCUCCUGCGCGAUUUCUACCCCACGCUCAUCUCCCGAGAGAGGAACUCCCUGGUGGCUUUCUACAUUAUCGAGUGCAUCGCCAUGAGCAACAGCAUGAUCAACACGUUCUGCUUCGUCAGUGUAAAGAACAACACUGUCAAAUAUUUCAAAAGGAUCGUUCUCCUUCGCUGGAAAUCCACCUACACCUCCAGGAAGAGCGCAGAUGAGUCAGACAUCAAUCCCCAACUCACCGAAUGUAGAAAGGGAGCCGAGCUGAGUGGUAUUCACGUCACCCAUAUCACAGAUGAUUAAAGUGAACUGAUGAUGCUGCUUAUGGGCACUG